AUGGCCGGAACAGCUACAAAGAAGCGGACAAAUGAUGGCCGCCUUGCGCCCCCUACCAAGAAGCAAAAGCGACAGGAAAAGAAGCAAGCCGAACCGGCCUCUGACGACGAACAAGAAUUCGACGCGGUAAACCUCCUCGACUCUGACGAUGAUAUUCACAACGCGGCUGUCGACGACGGCGCUGCUUCGGACGAUGACUCGGAAAGCUCAGGCGACGAUGAGCGCCCGGCACCUGUGAAGAAGACGAAACCCGCCCCCGAGCCCAAGAAGAGCAGAGACGCACCAGUUGGCACCGACUCCGAUUCCGACUCAGAAGAAGACGAAAGCGACGAUGGCGGCAAUCCCAACUUUAUCAAGUCCAAACGCAAUGACCCGUCCGCCUUCUCAACAUCCAUGUCCAAAAUUCUGUCCACGAAGCUUUCCAACGCGAAACGUUCAGACCCCGUGCUCGCCCGCAGCGCCGAGGCCCACCAGUCGGCCAAGGCAGCCGUCGAUCAGGCGCUCGAAUCCAAGGCGCGCAAGCAGAUGAGGGCACAGAAGAAGGAGGCGAUGGAGAAGGGUCGCGUGCGCAACGUGCUGGUAGCGCCGGAGACGGAGGAGACGUCAACGGGGGAGAUGAUUGAGACGGAGCGGAGGCUGCGCAAGGUCGCGCAGAGGGGUGUCGUCAAGCUCUUCAACGCCGUGAGAGCGGCGCAAGUCAAGGCUGCCGAAGCGGAGAAGAAGGCGCGCAAGGACGGCGUCGUGGGUGUGGUGCGGAGGGAGGAGAAGAUCAAUGAGAUGAGUAAGAAGGGAUUCUUGGACCUAAUUGCGUCCGGUGGAGGAGGCCUGAAAAAGGGUGGAUUGGAGGAAGCUUAA